GGUGAAUGAACUUGAUAAAUUAUAUAUUAAAUAGCAAGAAAAUGAACGCACGUAGGGCGAAAAAACAGAAGUCAACCGAUGGCGACUUUAAGGUUCCCCUAGCUCCUUCUCACAGGUAUAAUCGAGCUCCUUAUGGUGCCUGAGGGCGCCGAUGCUUUGGACACUGCAAUACUUGAAAAUUCAGCAAAACCAUUAUGAAUUCUGAUCUUUCUUAUCAAGAAUUAAUGGAUCUAGAGUUUGAAAAAAUGUUUGGAUACAAUUUUUCUACGGUGAACCCCCUUCCAGAAGAUGAAGGAAUCAACCUUCUUGAAGAUAAGACCCCUGACAUUGUUGAUAUUGAUUACUCAAGCCUAGACUUUGAGCAUAUUGAGGUUUCAUUACCAGUAAUUUCUAAAAAUGUCGAGUUCGAGCCAGAAAAUAAGAUAAAAAGUUUAUCAGAACUUUCUUCUAUUGACGAUACUGAUGCCGAUAGUACAUCUCCACAGACAAGAAUUCAAGUUACUUCACCCAAACAAAAACAGAAUUCUAGAAAGAGAAAAAGGAGGGUUGGAAAUACAGAGGGUAUCUCCUCUAACAAUCCUCCUAGCGCUACAAAAAUGUUCAUUAAUAGCUCUGGAGAGCCUUCUAUAGCUCUCAGAACCAGAGCUGGUUCGAGAAGAAGAGCUUAACCCCGACUUCACUAACUUUCUAAUCCAAAUUUUCUCCUAUACUAGUAUUAUGCAUGUUU